AGAUAUAGACUGCUGCCUGUCAAACCUGUUGUCAUUUCUUCAGACAAGUUUAGCUGCCUACUUUGUAUUUAGAGAUCGCUUGCGUUCUACUCACCUGCCAAAAUGAUGGAAGAAGUGUCUAUUGCUGUGGCCUAUGAUGCCCAUAUUAUUGACCAGAUGUCAGAGGAGGAGAUCCUGGCUAGUCUAGUAGUGGAGACUCUACCAAAACAAGUGGUGCCCUCUAAAAAGCCAAAAUUAAGGGAUAACCAAGUGCAGCCAGAAGACCCACUUGACAGGUACGAGAGAGAAAACCGUAAGCUUCAUGAGACCAGUUUGCGCCUGGAGCAGGAGAAUGAUGACCUUGCGCAAAAACUUGUCACCAGCAAGAUUGCACUGAGGAAUGCUUUAGAUCAGACUGAGGACCAGGUGGAUGAAUUAACCAAGGAGCUUUUGAAAACCAAACAGCUUCUGAUGGUUACAGAGGAGGAGAAAAGGGGAAAGGAGGAGGAGGCUUCACAGCUAAAAGGGAUGUUUAGGAGAGAGCUGGACAAAGCAGAAGCAGAUAUUAAGAGAUCAAACAAUAUCAUUACAGACUACAAGCAGAUUUGCUCUCAACUGAAUGCUAAACUUGAAAACCAGAAAGCUCAAGCUGACAAAGAGCUGGCAGUUUUCAAGAGCAAGAUGUUGGAGUGUGAGCGCUGCCGACACAUCUUUAGUACGGAUGGAUCGAUUCAGCUGUGCUCUGAGGAUGAAGAUACCUGUGCUCAGGAUGAAGUGAAGGCAUCUCUCAGAGAACAGGUCCAAGAAUUAGAGAGAGAGCUGGCCCAGACCAAGCUACAAAUGGUGGAGUCCAAAUGCAAGAUACAGGAGCUGGAGCACCAAAAUGCACCACUGACGACUGAACUUCAGGCUGCUAAAAACACAUGGCUGAGAAAAACUUUGGGCUCUUUCAGGACAGCUGCCAGCAGCCAUCAGAACUCCUCUCAAACAGAUCCUGCCUGGAGCCCCACUCAUAACCCCCACUCCAGCUGGGUCACCAGAAGGCUCUCCUGGGCCCAUCGAGAAGGGAGAGCAGCCAAAGUAUGAAAAGGUUAAGCAUACUGGUGGAGAAGAAAAGUAUUUAAUAAGAGCACUCCUGAAAUGAGUCUCACAAAUGAUGAGAAGGCUUUUCCCUCAAACCAGAGGACAUUAUAGAUCCGUAUGGUUGUAAACGUUGGGAAUGACAGGAUUCUCAAAAGAUGGGUGACAGAGGGAAGCAAUAUCUGUCCCUCCAGAGAUGAGUGCAACAGAUCAGUUGCUUUUAAGGCAAUAUAUCUCACAUGAAGACUAUAUGAAGUUUUUGUAUUGCUGCGAGUUUAAGCAUAAUGUUU